AUGGUGGGCUCCCCGCGCUCCCCGCUGCUCCUGCUGGCCGCCCUGAUCGUCGCCCUGGCCCUGGCUGUGAGCCCCGCGGCCGCGCAGGGCCCUAGAAAGGGUCGCCUCCUGGGCGGCCUGAUGGAGGCGGACGUCAACGAGGAGGGCGUGCAGGAGGCACUGUCCUUUGCGGUCAGCGAGUUCAACAAGCGGAGCAACGACGCUUACCAGAGCCGCGCGAUGCGCGUGGUGCGCGCCCGCAAGCAGGUCGUGUCGGGAAUGAACUACUUCUUGGACGUGGAGCUUGGCCGGACUACAUGUACCAAGUCCCAGGCCAACUUAGACAACUGUCCCUUCCAUGACCAGCCGCACCUGAAGAGGGAAAAGCUGUGCUCCUUCCAGGUUUAUGUCGUCCCAUGGAUGAACACCAUCAACCUGGUGAAGUUUAGCUGCCAGGAUUAA